AGAAUGGCCCAGCGCAGAGCUCCGCCGGCCGGGCGGGAGAAGCAGGCUAAUUGAGAACAGCUGUCGCUCCUCAGUCUUGGGAAGCUUUGGACUCUGCCCAGGGGCGGGCUCACACCCUUCUCGCAGCCACAGGAAGUCACUGAAGGUAGCCCAAGUUUCCUGUGCCUACUGGGGCUCCCAGAACCUUCUGAAACAUCUCAUCCUCGUCCACACUCCUGUCUGCUCCUGCCCAGGAAAGGCCCUGAGGAAGCGGCCAGAGGAACAGCCCUGUCCCUGUCCCUCUCAUCCACUCGCCAGUGGCAUCUGGAGAUCCCAUGGCCCAGGCGCACUGGGGCUGCUGCCCCUGGCUUGUCUUUCUCUGUGCUUGUGCCUGGAGUCACCCAAAACCUAUACACCUUGGAAGAGAGGAUGUGAGAAACUGUACAACAAAUCCUCCGUACCUGCCAAUUACUGCGGUCAAUACCACAGCGCGGCUCACAGCCCUCCGCCAACAGAUACAGGCCUGGAACCUCUCUGCCUACAUCAUCCCAGACACGGACGCACAUAUGAGUGAGUACAUUGGCUUGCAUGAUGAGAGACGUGCAUGGAUUUCAGGCUUCACAGGGACCGCAGGUACUGCUGUGGUAACCAUGAUAAAAGCAGCUGUCUGGACUGACAGUCGCUACUGGACUCAGGCCGAGAGGCAGAUGGACUGCAACUGGGAACUCCAUAAGGAAGUUGGUAUUACUCCUCUUGCUACCUGGAUCCUCAAUGAAAUUCCUGCUGGAGGGCGUGUGGGCAUUGACCCCUUCCUCUUCUCUGUUGAUUCCUGGAAGGCUUAUGACCUGAAAUUCCAAGGCUCCAACAGACAGCUGGUGUCCAUUGUAACCAACCUUGUUGACUUGGCAUGGGGGUCACAGAGGCCCCCAGUGCCAAGCCAACCCAUUUAUGCCCUACCAGAGGCAUUCACAGGGAGCACCUGGCAGGAAAAAGUAUCUAGCAUCCGAAGCCACAUGAAGAACCAUACCAUGGCUCCAACUGCUCUGCUUCUGUCAGCACUUGAUGAGACAGCCUGGCUCUUCAACCUUCGCAGCAAUGACAUCCCCUAUAACCCCUUCUUCUAUUCCUACACGAUGCUCACGGACUCUUCCAUCAGGUUGUUUGUCAACAAGAGUCGCUUUAGCCCUGAGACUCUGCAGUACCUGAACUCCAACUGCACAGGCCCUAUGUGCGUGCAACUGGAAGACUACAGCCAAGUCCGUGACAGCGUGCAGGCCUAUGCUUUAGGUGACGUGCGCAUCUGGAUCGGGACCACCUAUACCACCUAUGGACUCUAUGAAGUGAUACCCCAGGAUAAACUUGUGACAAGCACCUACUCCCCAGUGAUGGAAGCGAAGGCAGUAAAGAACAGCAAGGAACAGGCUCUCCUCAAGGCCAGUCAUGUGCGAGAUGCCGUGGCUGUAAUCCGUUACUUGGUCUGGCUGGAGAAGAAUGUGCCCAAAGGCACCGUGGAUGAGUUCUCUGGGGCAGAACUCUUGGAUGAGUUGAGAAGGAAAGAAGACUUCUCCUCUGGACCCAGUUUUGAAACCAUCUCUGCUAGUGGCCUGAAUGCUGCCUUGGCCCACUACAGCCCGACCAAGGAGUUGCACCGCAAGCUGUCCUCCGAUGAGAUGUACCUCGUGGAUUCUGGGGGGCAAUACUGGGAUGGGACUACAGACAUCACCAGAACGGUGCACUGGGGUACCCCCACUGCUUUCCAGAAGGAGGCAUAUACCCGUGUGUUGAUGGGAAACAUUGAUCUGUCCAGACUUGUCUUUCCUGCUGCUAUGCAAGGGCGAAUGGUAGAAGCCUUUGCCCGCAAAGCCUUGUGGGAUGUCGGGCUCAAUUAUGGUCAUGGGACAGGCCAUGGCAUUGGCAACUUCCUCUGUGUGCAUGAGUGGCCAGUGGGAUUCCAGUCUAACAACAUUGCCAUGGCCAAGGGCAUGUUCACUUCCAUUGAACCUGGCUACUAUCAUGAUGGAGAGUUUGGAAUCCGCCUAGAAGAUGUGGCCCUUGUGGUCGAAGCAAAAACCAAGUACCCAGGGACCUACUUGACCUUUGAAGUGGUCUCCUUUGUACCUUAUGACCGGAACCUUAUUGAUGUCAGCCUGCUAUCCCCAGAGCAGCUCCAGUACCUGAACCACUACUACCAGAACAUCCGCGAGCAAGUGGGCCCAGUACUGCAGCGUCGCCAGCUACUGGAGGAGUUCGCCUGGCUGCAGCAGCACACAGAACCGCUGGCGGCCGGGGCCCCACGCCACCGCUCCUGGGCAUCCGUGUGGGCAGCCUGCACUCUGGCCCUCCUCAGCUGGACUAGCUAGAGACUCCGAGCUCCACUACUGACCCCGCAUCUAGCUGUGAGGCUGACUUACUUAACUUCCCCCUCUCCCCCCCCGCCCCCGUGAUGUAUGUAUCCCAAGGGCCCCUGUCUGCCUGGGCCCCACAUACCAGCUCCUUGGCACCUGUGUGAGUGACCGCCACUCCUGCCAUCCUUGGCUUAAACUCAUAGAGGCUCGGGACUCCCUUGCUGAAUCUUCACCUACGUGUGGGGAUUGUUAAUGAAACUCCCCUCCUUGUGGGUCCCACAUAUCCCAAGAGCCGCUGCCAUCCCAUCACCUGGAAACCAUUGCCCGCAGCUUCACCUAGGACCAAAGGAAGCGCGCACACCCCCUUCUCCCAGCCCAGGGAGAGCCUCAAAAAAUCUGGAGCCCGCCAGAGCUGUUCCCGCCCACCCACUAGGCUCCUGAUCUUUUGGUCUUGCCUUAAGGCUGCCUCUGGCCACGCCUACCUUCCCCCAGCCCUACAAAGGCCCCUAGGCUUCCACCUGGGGGGUCUGAAGGAACAGAGCUCCCUGCAGCCUGCCUGUUGUACCUAUAGAGUGAGGGUAGCUGAGGCUUGUGGAUGUGGACUGCCACCCUAGGAUUGAGGAAAACAGAUGAGUAGGGGAGUAGAGUGAGUCUGGGCCCCCCUCACCAAAUAUGAGCCCAUGCAUCCUAAAGCCUAAGUGUGCUUCAUACCAAGGGCCAGCAUGUUGAGUGAAGCCCUAGGACUUUGGAGGAUGGUGUAUCGCAAGACACUCUGAAAUGCAUGGAACAACCUGGGUAGCCAUAGAGUCACUGUCCCAGCACUCACUAUCCUGGCAUUCAAAUAGCCCUUUAUAAUAUCUAAAGUGCAGCCACAGUGACAAUGCUAUUAAAUCCUUUCUAGUCUGUGGAUGACCCUUAUCCUUGUAUGGGGAAAAAAAAAUCUGGUUUCCUCGUUUUACAGACAGGAAAACUGAGCAUCGGACAGGAGGUGGGCCCUGCCCAAGGACACUUGGCCUCGCCGGAUGAGCCAACAUUCCAAUACCUUAGCUAUCGGCCCCACCCAGAGUUUCUUGGUCUCCCUCCCGCAGGCCCCUCAUUCCCUGGGCCCACUGAUGGGUGAAAAGGGUUUUCUCUGGCCUUGACUUGGCCAGCCGUUAGCCACCUGGGCUCACAUCCUGCUCAAUUCUUAAAACAGCUUUGCAAAGA